CAUUUCUUCUUUUAGUCAUUUCUUUAUUAUUUUGUGAUUAUUUUACUGUGUUGCUAGGACAAUGGAAAAGAGUAUCUUUAAACGUACGACGUACUUAUACCGACAGUGGAAAGGUCACGACGAUGACAUUACAGCAUUAAGCUUCCAUCCACAAACUCAUACAUUGGUAUCGAGUAGCCUGGAUACAAAGUUAGCAUUGUGGAGACUAGAUAAGUUGAAUUGUGAAAAAUUUAAAGCCCAUAAAUCCUAUAUAUUCGACGUAUGCUAUUCGCCAGAUGGUGAAUUUAUAGCUACUGCUUCUAAAGAUCAAUCUAUCAGAAUUUGGAACGAAGAUCACUUAAAUUUCGCAGAAUACAGAGGUCAUCGUUCUCCCGUGAGAUCGGUACAAUUUAGUCCAAAGGGAGACAAAUUUGUUUCUGUGUCAAAUGACGAAAAUGUAUUGCUUUGGGUACCUUACCGUGGAAAAUAUUUCAAGACAUUUAGUGAACAUACAGAUUGGGUCAGAUGCGUUAAAUUUUCUCCCGAUGGAAAACUUUUAGUAUCAUGUAGCGAUGACAAAACAGUAAAAAUAUGGGACAUUACCAGCGAACAAUGUGUUAAAACUUUUAAUAUGGAAGUUCUCGUUAGAUACAUAGAGUUUCAUCCAACUGGUACAAUUAUUGGAUCAGCAAAUGUGGAUGGUUAUAUUAAAUUGUAUGAUCUAAGAACAAAUUCUUUAUAUCAGCGUUACACUCAUGACAGAGGGAUAAAUAUGAUCAAAUUCCAUCCAAAUGGAAAGUUUAUAUUAACAGCGUCUGAUGAUUAUUCAGUGAAGAUUUUAGAUAUUUUAAACGGCCGUCCAAUUUAUUCUCUCAAGGAACAUUAUGAUAAGGUAACAUGUAUAGCAUUUUCAAAUAAUGGUGAGCUUUUUGCUUCUGGUAGCACGGAUCAACAAAUUCUAGUAUGGAAGUGUAAUGAUUUAUGUAUGGAUGGUCAAAGUAGAAAGAAUUCUACAUUGCAAUUAGUGUCUUCUGUAACACCAAAUAAGAACUUGAUAAUGCCGAGCUCUGUCAAACCAAAAUUUGACGAUGGGAAUGAAAGAUCGAAAAGGGAAGAAGAAGAUGAAGAAUAUAUAAGAAAAGUAUAUGAGAAGCUAAUUCCAAAAAACUAUUUAUCAAACACAUUAAAAAAAUCGCAUUCAAAAUCAGACGAUAGUGCAGGAUUAUCAGCAAAAAUCAUGGAAUCUGAAAAGAUGAACAUAAUGAACGUUGAAUCUCCUCAAGAAGAUUAUGCAAACUACGUGCCCAUGAUCCCAAAACAGCCCAACAUUUCAAAACAAUCCCAAACAGUCUUAAAAGAUCAGACAUCGUUCAAUACACUUUCUAGUCAGUCUAUUAAAGCAUUAGAAAAAGAUUCAGUUUUAAAGCAAAUACAAUCAUUACGUAAAAAUUACAAUGUAUUAGAACAACGCUUGACAAUAUUAGAACAGUCAUUUAAGAAACUAUAUGUAAAAUUGUAG